AUGAAGCUUACGAAUGCUGCUGCAUUCUUUAUUUUUGUGCCCACUUUGACGCCAGCUUUGGACCCUUUCAGCGCCUCAAUCCUCACGGGUGGUGCUGCUGUCGCUUGGCAGCUCCUCUCCCCUCAGUCCUGGCUUAAGUGCCGUUUCCUGGAGUGCUGCAAUAUGAGGGACACGCUGAACUUAUCAGUUUUAAAGAUGGAUUUGGAUCGAAAAGUCUUUGGACAGCAUCUUGCUAUCCAGAUAGUUCUGAGAGCUCUGAGUGCAAAUAUGCACUCCGAACGGCCCAGGAAGCCCCUGGUGAUGUCCUUCCAUGGCUGGACUGGAACAGGCAAAACGUUUGUCAGCAGCAUCAUCGCAGAAAACCUCUAUCAGUUUAAUAUACCAAGACGGAGGUUUGUGCACCACUUCAACACAGUACUGCACUUCCCAUACCUUUCACAUGUCCACCUCUAUAAGGAGCAGCUGCAGAAUUGGAUUCGGGGCAAUGUCAGUGCCUGUCCAAGGUCCCUUUUUAUCUUCUCUGAAAUGGAUCAGAUGCCACAUGGCCUGAUAGACUCUAUCAUGCCAUUCCUCGGCUACCACGAAGAGAUCGAUGGCAUUUAUUAUGGCAAGGCGAUCUUCAUCUUUCUGAACAAUGCUGGUGGAGAUAAGGUAACAGAGAUUGCCCUCGAUUACUGGAGAAGUCUGAAGAGAAGAGAAGACAUUCCUGUGAAGAAGCUUCAGUCUCUGCUCUCAGAGGAAAUUUUCAGGAACAAAAACAGUGGCUUCUUUCACAGUCAACUGAUCCAGAAGAACCUGAUUGACUAUUUCAUCCCUUUCCUUCCCCUGGAAUAUAAGCACGUGAGAGAGUGUGUCCGGCAGGAGCUGCGCGUGCAAGGGCAUCCCGAGAAUGAAGACCUCAUUGCGGAGAUUGCCUUGGCAAUGACUGACUACCCCAGUGAAGAGAGACUCUACUCCAGCAAAGGCUGCAAGACUGUAGAGUCCAGAGUGACUCUGAGCACCUAAGGCACUACAAGGCCAAAUGCCUCAUCUUGUUACAAGACCACAGCAAAUGGAAGCACCAAUACCUCCCCUUUCCCUCCCAGGAGCUCACUCUACACACUACUCCUUGUUGGGAUUCAGGCUGUCCCCCACCAGAGGCACCAUCUGUAGAACUCUUGAAUAAAUAAAUACACAGCACACCACAACAAUCACGAGAGUUCACAGAAGAGGGACAUAGGUGGGUGAUAAGGUUUGCUCUCCUUGCCACAAACAUUCCCAAACAAAGUAUUUUAAAGAGGAAAGUCUCCCACUUCUGUGGCAAGAGUGUUUGCACCUUGUUUGCCCUAA